AUGCAGGACCCAAACUGCCUAGUCUGUGCCAACCUGUUGGUGUACCAAUGGAACGGUGAACUUGCAAACGACUGGCGACAGACUCACCUCGUAAAUUUUCACAUUGCAGAUCCUAGCGACAUUUCUUCUAUCCUUCCUGCUUGGUCAAAAGUGUGCAUAAUUGCCAUCAGUGUCAAGAGUCUUUUGCAGAUGCGUUCGCUAUGCCUAAAUUCUGGUGGUCAAAAUAUUUCCGAGAUGGGAAUGGCGGUUUUGGAUGUGAAAGCACGAGGCGUUCUGGAGUUGUUACUGGCUUCAGUGAAACCGGAUGCCAGUUUCACAUGGUAUUAUACAAAUCUCUUCACUAGAUGGCUACCGUCCACUGGUCAGACUAUUAUCCUUGCAUUCGAUAUGCAGCCACCGAUCCAAGGGCGAUGUCUCAGAGCUCUCAUGAAUCCGGACCCAAGUCUUCUCAGUGAUCCAUUCUGGGCUCACCCAUAUCUGAUGGAACAGAUUGCUCGCGCCCAAGAGCCCUCUGUGUGGGGUAUCCGAGACCAUGUUCGAGCCUUGGAGACCGAAAAGAAACCAGAAGGUAGACCACAGCCUGACUACAGACGGCUGCAUGACAUCGCACGGCAUGCAAUUCAUGUCAAUGAGACAUUAGACGCCACCAUGCAAAGUUUAGAGUAUUUGAUGAUUGAACAUGAAUACUAUAAAAACUUGACCCCCGAGAACGCCACCAGUGCAUCUGAGGAUAUCCACCGUCGUCUGCGCUUUUUCCAAUCUUUCAUCGCCAAUCUACGCUCUCGGUCAAUCUCGAAUGAAAAGAGACUUCAGAACGAGAUCCAGCUGGCUUUCAACACUGUGGCCCAGCAUGAUUCAAGUAUCACCCUUGAAAUCGGUCGCGCUACUCAACUGGAUAGCGCCACCAUGAAAACAAUCGCUUUCGUUACUCUCACAUUCCUGCCUCCCACCUUCAUCUGCGCUAUCUUCAGCAUGUCAUUUUUCAACUACGGCCCUGAUACUGGUUGGAAUAUGUCGAGCAACUUCUGGAUCUACUGGGUCUUUGCUAUACCCACAACUGUUAUUACAACGGUGCUGUGGACUUAUUGGGGAGACAUUCGGGACAUGGUUUUCUCGAGAAAAGAAUAA